AGUAGAAUGAAAGCUUUAGCAGCAAUUUUAAUAGUUUUCAUAAGUUUAAACUCUUUACAAGCUUCAAGAAUUUUAUUUUUAUUUCCAACUCCAUCAAAAUCACAUGUGAUAAUAGCAAGAGCAUUGUCAACAGCGUUAGCUGAAAAAGGACAUGAUGUGACUUUAAUGUCAUCAUUUACCACUAAAAGUCAGUUGAAAAAUCAUCGAGAAAUUUUCAUUGAAUUAGGUGAAGGAACGUAUCAACAAAUGAAUCAUUUGAUGAGCAAUCCGACACGAAAUUUUUACAAAAUGAUGAAUGCAACCAUUGGAAUUUCAUAUGAAAUAGGAAAAGACUUGAUGGAGUCAAAAAUUAUGAAUGAUGUUAUGAAGGAAAAGUUCGAUCUGAUGGUUAUUGGAAUGGCUUUUACAAAUUUUUUACUGGGACUAACACAACAUUUUAACUGUCCUGUAAUCAUGCUCAGUGUACAACGUCACAUGUCUUUUACUAAUCUGAUCAUUGGAAAUCCGCUUUCUGUAAAUACAGCACCUCAUAUUUAUAUAGCAAAGCAUGACAUGAAUUUUAUCGAUAGAGUUAAAAACUUUGUAAUGUAUGGAGGUGAUUUGCUGAUGUAUGAGAUUGUUAAUUAUCAUCAACGAGUUAUUUAUGACACAUAUUUCCCAUCAACAAAAUUUCGGUCAUACGAUGAAGCAUUGAAAAAUCUUUCAUUGAUUCUAGUUAACGAUCAUUAUACUGAAGGAGUUGUAAGACCAAAUAUUCCAACGGUUGUUGAUAUAAGGGGAAUGCAUAUUAAGACUGUUCCUGAUCAGUUACCUAAUGACAUCGAAAAAUUCCUCAAUGAAGCCAAAGAAGGUGUUAUUUACUUCAGCUUGGGAACAAAUGUUCGAGCCGAUUCAAUUCCUCAAGAAAAGCUUCAAAUAUUACUCUCUGUAUUCUCAAAGCUUCCUCAACGAGUCCUCAUGAAAUGGGAAACAGAAAAUGUUGCAGGAAAAAGUGACAAUGUAUUGAUAAAGACUUGGUUGCCACAAGCUGACAUCUUAGCACAUCCUAAUGUCAAAUUAUUUAUAUCACACUGUGGACUUGGUGGUAUUGUCGAGUCACAAUAUUUGGGAGUUCCGAUUCUUGGGUUACCAAUGUUUGGAGAUCAAAUGAUGAAUGCUGAUCUGGCUGAACAGGAAGGCUGGAUUAUUCAAAUGGAUUUAGAAACUUUAAAUGAAGAAGAAUUUUACAAAAAUAUUCAAGAAUUGCUUUACAAUGAAACAUACGCUUCAACAGUCAAAGGAUUUUCACGUUUAUUUCGUGAUAGGCCAUUGAGCCCAAAAGAUACCGCAGUUUAUUGGACAGAAUAUGUGAUAAAUCAUAGAGGUGCCAAACAUAUGCAAUAUAAAGCAAUUCACCAAAAUUUCUGGCAACGGAACUCACUUGAUGUUAUUGGAUUUCUGCUGCUUUCUUUGUGGACUAUUUACCAAAUGAUGAAAUAUGUUUGGAAGAAAUUGAUUAAAAAAAUUAUUCAGAAAAUCAUUAGAAAAGGAACCAAAAAGUCUGAGAAACGCAAGAAACUUUAAGUUUGUUCAUAAGACCUCAAAAACUGCUCUUUUAAAUUUUGGUUUCCAUACCAAGAAAUGAGAUUCAACAAGAAUCGAGAUUAGAUUG